CAGCUGCGAGGAAAAAGCCGGCUGCCGGGGGAGUGAGGAAGAAAGGGGAGGGAGCCCGACACGGAAGUGGAGGUAGCGUCUGGGGAGCAGACGGAGGCGGUGACCGCGACGUAAGAGACGGGAAUCGGGCGCCGAGAGGUGGGAGCUCGCAGAAAGGCCACCGCCUCGGGAGACGUACAUGAGGUGCAGGAGUGGCUGGACUUCCCUUCUCCACCUCCGCGAGCACCCAGACUGAUGGCGAUGGUGAUGGCGGCUGCUACUCGGACAGCCCCAAUGAAACUGCGCUCGGAGCGGUACAUCCAGAAAGUGCUCAGAAGAAACUUCCUGCCAGAAAAACUAAAAAAGCAGUAUUUAUAACACUGGAAUUUUUGGGUAACUUAUUAAAAUGGCAGAAAAUAAUGAAAGUAAUAGUAAAGAUGUAGAUGUCAGACCCAAAACUAGUCGGAGUAGAAGUGCUGACAGAAAGGAUGGUUAUGUAUGGAGUGGAAAGAAGUUAUCUUGGUCAAAAAAGAGUGAAAGUUUUUCAGAUGCUGAAACAGUAAAUGUUAUAGAGAAAACUGAAGUUCCUUUACAGAGCCAAGAAAGAAAGCACAGCUGUUCAUCCAUCGAGUUGGAUUUAGAUCAUUCUUGUGGGCAUAGAUUUUUAGGCCGAUCUCUUAAACAGAAACUGCAAGAUGCUGUGGGGCAGUGCUUCCCAAUAAAGAAUUGUAGUAGUCGGCACUCUUCGGGGCUUCCAUCUAAAAGAAAAAUUCAUAUCAGUGAACUCAUGUUAGAUAAGUGUCCUUUCCCACCUCGAUCAGAUUUAGCCUUUAGGUGGCAUUUUAUUAAACGACACACUGCUCCUAUAAACCCCAAACCAGAUGAAUUGAUAAGCACAGAUUUGUCUCAGAGUGAAUUGAGAGAUGGUCAACUAAAACAAAGAAGAAACAUGGAAGAAGAGGUGAACUGUUUCUCACAUGCCAAUGUUCAGCCCUGUGUUAUAACCACCAACAAUGCUUCAUGUAGAGGUGGUCCUAUGGCUGGCUCUUUGAUGAACCUGGUUUCAAAUAAUUGUAUAGAAGAUAGUGAUAUGGAUUCAGAUGAUGAAAUUAUAACACUUUGCACAAGUUCCAGGAAAAGAAACAAACCCAAAUGGGAAAUGGAUGAAGAAAUCCUUCAGUCGGGAACAACUCCUAAGUACCACACCCAGAUUGAUUAUGUCCACUGUCUUGUACCAGACCUCCUUCAGAUCAAUAACAAUCCAUGUUACUGGGGAGUUAUGGAUAAGUAUGCAGCUGAAGCUCUCCUAGAAGGAAAACCAGAGGGUACCUUUUUACUUCGAGACUCAGCACAGGAAGACUAUUUAUUCUCUGUUAGUUUCAGACGCUAUAGUCGUUCUCUUCAUGCUAGGAUUGAACAGUGGAAUCACAACUUUAGCUUUGAUGCACAUGAUCCUUGUGUCUUCCAUUCUCCUGAUAUUACUGGGCUCCUAGAACAUUAUAAGGACCCAAGUGCCUGUAUGUUCUUUGAACCACUUUUAUCCACUCCCUUAAUUCGGACUUUCCCCUUUCCCCUACAGCAUAUAUGCAGAACAGUUAUUUGUAACUGUACAACUUAUGAUGGCAUUGAUGCCCUUCCAAUUCCUUCUUCUAUGAAAUUAUAUCUGAAGGAAUAUCACUAUAAAUCAAAAGUUAGAGUACUCAGGAUCGAUGCACCAAAACAAUGCUAGGUAGAGGGUAGGAACAUGGGAAUUUAAUACCUUAUUUUUCUUAAUGCUACUUUGAGUUUUUCUACAAGGGCAGUUAAGAGUCUGAAAUAAACCUCUGCCCUAAAUUUUGCUUCCAGAUCUGUUUAUUUUUCUUACAAUACACUAAUUGUUUAAAGUUACACACUAAGGGUUAGUGGGUAUUUUUGACCAAGUGGUUUUUGUUUUUAUUCUAUAGAGUACAUACUUAACUUUUUUUCUUAAUUGUAAUUUGCAUAUGAUCCAGGGAUAUUUGAAAAUUGGUAAACAUUGUAAACACAGUUAAUAAUUUGUAUUUCAUUAUUUUCUUUAAAAAUAAUCCUAUGUCCUUUCUUAGAUGUAAAAUGCUUUGUUAACUUAUGCCAUUGGCAUUCCUAUACCUAAAAUAUGGUUUCCCCAUCUCCCUUUCCAGAAUUGUUUUCAAAUUCUUCAGUAAAGCUGAGUGUUGUAAUUUACAAUCUAUGCUAAUGUAAUUGACUUGUAAUUUACUAAUAGGGAUGUUAAAGGUAACAACAUAGCUUAAAAUCCAACUUGAUGUGUUUUUACAGUAUUUUAAAAUAUUAACUAAAGCAGGAUUACUAAAUUUGAUUAAUCUCAUCAGUAAGAAUCAAAUGAGAGCAUAACAUUUUUGGAGAUGAAUGUAUUCUACAAUGUGGCAUGGCCAUUUGUUAAUCCUUGAAUAGGUCUCUCUUAAAACCUGGAACAUAAAUAUUGUUCCUUUCUCACUGGGAGCUUUAAAAAUAAUGAUAACACUGUUAGUAACUAGUAGUUACUAAAGUUCUAAAAACAAUUGUGGGGUUGUUUUUUUUCCUGUAUUUACUUAUGAACUGUUGCUUCUACUUAGCUCUUUUAUAGAAACUCAGCCUGUUACUUGGGGAGAUGCUACAGUUUAUAAACAGCCAUGCAUUUUCAUUGGUCCCUAAAUAAGUUUUCAUUAUUUUAAAUUGAACUUGAAUAAAGAUUCAAGAAGUGAACAUACAGGUUAGUAUUCAGAAAGCUUAAUAUUGUUUUUAAUCUUCAAGUUUCAAAUAAUUAUUCCUAGCUUCAGAAUUAACAUGUCUUUAUUGUAACUUCAAAAAAAGGAAAACAUUUUGAGAGCUACAUGGCUUAGGCCAUACUGAACAGUACUAGGCAAUAGGUGUAAUAUUUUAAAUUUACUUUCCCAAGAACAGGAAAGCAUUUUUAGAAACACCAUUAUCCCUAUGUAAGAUAAAUGAAGUGAUAUCCUAUCUAUCCACUCUUUUUAAAAGAAUCAGUGAAUAAUAAAUCUUCUAGACAACUGUUUCUUCUGAUGACCUGUUGACAUAUAGUAAUUAAUUUCUUGAUGCUGGUUUAGCUCUAAUAGGAAACUUUCUACCUGGGUUGAAAAAAUUUUUACUAAAAUUUAGUUAUAAUAAAUGUUUCUUCAAUACCAUUGCUUUUAUGUUGCAGUAGCAUUUCUAUUUCCUGCAGCUCUGCUGCUAAUAUAAAUAUAGCAUUUUUCAAUAAUAGUGUUAAAAUAAAUUUUUAGCAAUUACCACAAAAUUAAACCAAGAAAAUCUGUUCCCAUUAUCUUCUACCAUUCUUUUUUCUCGGUGAUCUCAAAAUUGUCUUGGUUCCAGUGAAGGGUAGCUAUUAGAAUAGCACCUCUCUUAGCAGAUGAGGCUCAGGAUUUCAACACCAAUGUCAGGAUAAAUAUCUCUUAUAAAGAUGCUGUUUUCCUUUUACAAAAGAAAAGUCUCAUACUACCUCAUCUUUAUUGUGGCACUUUUGUAGUUCACUGAGAAGCUUAUCUUAUUUACCAAUAUUACAAUUCCUAAAUACUCAUCUUUGGUGAAAGAAAAUUAAUAGUAUGGUAAGACUCUACCCAUGAUUAUAAUUUUUUAUCAGAAUUUGAUAAUGAGACUUUCUGUUUCUAUGAAACAAUUAUUUUAAAUAUUUUUCUUUAAAAAUAAUUUUUAUCAGUACAGAAAAACCUAAGGGAUGACAAAAACAAAUAUUCUGUUAAAAGGUAAUUUUAUAAAGAAAAAUGAAGCAUAAUUAUGUUGUCUUUUAUAAUGGUAAAAAUUGGUGUUUAUAUAAAAUCAAAAAUCUAAGUAGCUUUUCAUAUAGUCAAACUGUGAUAUAUUUUCUUUGGCUUUCUCAAUUUCAAGGUAUUAAUAGCUGUUAUACUGCCAUAUAUAUAUAGCCUUGAAGUAGAUGAUCUAAUAAAUGAGAGCAGGAAACAGACUCAUUUAUUCUGAAAUGGUUUGUAUUUUUCUUUGACAUUUGCUACAGUUAAAA